AUGUAUAUUUUGGUUCUACACCUGAAGCCAUCACGAAAGGGGUCUCAAAAGAAAUAUAAACUUCAGACAUUCAUUGAUCGGCGAAAACCACUUCUUCAACAUGUCGCAAUGUCGCCGGCUACCACUCCGCUUUCUCCACGCACUAGGAACCGAGGCGAAAAGAUCGGGGAUUCUACAUCAAGCACAUCCGCAAUAGGUCACUGGGAAGCGAUGAAUCCUGAAGACGAUACGGAAGAUCAGGAAGAGCUGACGCAAGCAAGAUCAGGCGAAGCUCACGAGGAUUGGGAGGCGAAGAUGCGCGAGCUCAGCAGCCAAUUAAGCACGAUUCUCAUGGAAAUCAAAAAAGCUAAAGAAAAUCGGCCCUUCAAAUCCGUCCCAGCUGUCGAAAAGCCGAAAGCAAAAGUAACGAUCCUCAGAAACGGCUCAGCGAAUCAAACAAACGACGGCAGAUAUAAUUUCGUAGCGACGAUAACUUUGAUUCAAGAUGGCGGUAGGAAUAUCCUGGUCGACACAGGACUUGGAACCGACAUUAACGGCAGGAUGAAUCUGAUGAAUGCUCUGGAGAAGCACGACCUUGUGCCACCUAAUGUGGACGUUGUUGUGACAACGCAUGGCCAUCCUGAUCAUGCCGGUGGGAUCCAUGAUUUCCCUGAUGCAAUACACUAUCAGGGAUGGUACAUUCAUCACCAUACAACAUUCAAUCUGAGCAGUCUCUUUGAAGGAGAUCGGCAUCCUCUAACGGACAAUGUUCAUUUGAUAAGAUCAGUUGGGCAUUCAUCCGAUGAUGUUGCAGUUGUCGUUAACGAUGAAAAAACAAUGGGUAGAGUAAUAGUAGCAGGUGACACAUUUAUGAGACGUGAAGAUCUCGACUAUCCGAUGAUGUGGAAGCCGCUGAGCGCGAACGAGACGGAGCAGGCACGAUCGAGACGGAACCUGAUCUGUGAGGCGGCAUGGAUCAUUCCCGGUCAUGGUGCACCUUUUCAAGUCACCCGACAAAUGCGUGUACAGUUUCAUUGUUGA